AUUCCCGCCAAUUUUUUUUUACUUUAUUGUAUUCAUUUUCAGUCGCGUGUGAUUUUGUAUUAAACGAAAUGUGAAUUUUCUACCAAAAAUUAAAAGAAAGUAUUCGAAAUAUAUUAUAAAAUACCGUAUUAUAAUAAUAAACAUGAAUAUCUCAGUGUUUUGAAUGAUGGAAGCUAAUUUUAACACAAAAUUAACGAUAUAACCUCUCUUUUCUUCAGAGAGACUCUUACGAGAAGUAUUAAGCUUUUGUGAAAUUGUGAACUAAUAUAAUAAGUAAAAUUAUAUCGAAAAAAUAUUACGGAAGAACGGUUUUAAUGUUAUAAUGAAUAUAAAUCAAUUAUAUAUUAUUAUCAAAACAAUAAGUGCUAUUCCCGCCAAUUUUUUUUGGUUUAUUGUAUUCAUUUUCAGUCGCGUGUGAUUUUGUAUUAUACGAAAGUGAAUUUUCUUCCAAAAAUGAAAAGAAAAUAUUCGAAAUAUAUUAUAAUAUACCGUAUUAUGAUAAUAAACGUGAAUUUCUGAGUGUUUUGAAUGAUGGAAGCUAAUUUUAACAUAAAAUUAACAAUAUAACCUCUCUUUUCUUCAGAGAGACUCUUACGAGAAGUAUUAAGCUUUUGUGAAAUUGUGAAGUAAUAUAAUAAGUAAAAUUAUAUCGAAAAAAAUAUUACGGAGAAACGGUUUUAAUGAAUAUAAAACAAUUAUAUAUUAUUAUUAAAACAAUAAGUGCUGUGUCGGAGAUGCUAUUUUCUAGUUGUUAUAGUGUCCCUAGUUUCUUCAAGAAGCUUUAAUUAAUUAAACGUAAACGAAGUUUGUGUUGUGAAAAGUAUGUGAAAUGAAACGAUUAAUAAUAAAUUUUUAUUGAUGAAUGUGAUUUUAAAUGUGUGUUGAACAUUGGAUAUUGAAUUAUUCGGACAUGAAUAUAAGCGACGAAAAAAAAAUCUUCCAUCAAUCUGCAUUUAGGUGUUUAUUGUGUACUAAACGUUGAAAUGCAAAACGGUUUUCCACGCGAAAAUUAUAACAAAUGAAGUCGAAUAAUACAUACUUCCGAUUUGUAAUGGAAAACCGUGGAAAAUGGGAAAAGUUUCUAGUAAACGUUAAGCAAAUUUAGCAUAAAACAAGAAUAUGGCACAAUUAUAUAUAAAAGAACGAUUCGACGAAAGAAGAUAAAGUACCAAAUGUUUCAUAAGAUGCACCAAAAAGCUACUAUCCUAGUAGCUCCUUCUCUUACUAACAGUAGCUGUACCCAUCCUCGCUAUUUACAAAUCACUUUUUUCUCAGCACUAACUCCCGGAGACGUCGUCCAAGCCGUCAUAGUUUUGUUCAUAACUAUCGGAGUACUGGGAGCUAAUAUGUUAUUAAUAUUAGUUAUUAAUAGCAGAAAAUAUUCAAAAUACAUACAUUCUCAGCCGCGCUAUCUAUUAACGUCUUUAGCAAGUAAUGACUUCGCGAUGGGAUUAUUCGUAACACCGUUCGCUAUUAUUCCUUCUUUGAGACACUGUUGGCCCUACGGAGAACUCGUCUGUCAAAUACAGGGAUGCGUCGCAUUGAUCAGCAUGACAUGGAUAAUGUCGGUGACGUUGUUUUCUAUUUUGGUGCUGCCCCAUAGCGGUUUCUAUUUCAAUUCAACGGGAAUGGUGGCGUGCGAACCCUUUUACAACCGAGCCUCGACGAGAAUUUUGGUGGCGUGCGGUUUUUAUUUUCCCACCACCAUGAUUUUGAUGUAUUGCUACGGCUCCGCUUUUCACGUCAACAAAUUGAGAUUAAAGAAAACCUCCAGAGGAGACAUUCUCACGAAUAAUCAACUGGAACAUGUCACGCCAUCAACCCAUAUUGAAAAAUUAAUGACGCAAGAACGUAGGUUAAGUACGACGGCAUCAAGGACAAUGGCGGCGAUGUCGUUGGGGUUUAUCGUUUUGGUAACGCCUUGGACGAUACAAGAAGUCGUAGCAGCUUGCACGGGGACCAGAGCUCCCCCUUCACUAGAUUUUCUCGCUACGUGGUUAGCGCUAAGUAACAGUUUUUGGAAUCCGUUUCUUUACUGGCUUCUGAAUAAUCAUUUCCGAAGGGUUAGCCGAGAAAUUUUGUUCAAUAAGUUUUCUUGUAAAAAUGGUCCGGAAUCGAAACAACGGGAUUGUUUUCAAAGUUUCCAACAUCAACCCCAUUGCUGCAGCAACAUGGACGGCGUGUCCGGACAUACCCAAGGCUGCGAUUUCGACGGGCUUUCGGAAAAAUAUUGGGGCGAAAUUUUGGAAAGGACCUUAUCUUCUAGUUCCCUCCACGCCCUACAAAGAACUUACGUUCAUCCCUGUAUGGAAACGUGUAACGGAAUUCAAGAAAUGAGAGUAUUCGAUACAACCACCCCCGAUUUAUGACAAUCGGAUAAAACUACGCAAACUUUCGAUAUUACCGUCAGCGAAAGUAUGGGUAGUUCUUCCGAAACUGCUAUUGUAACCAAAUAAAUAAUUUCGUCGAUGUUUAUACAAAAAUAAAAUAUAUAUAAUUUUUUUUGUAAAUAUCGAGAAAAUUGUCGAGAAAUUAUAUAAAAAUAGGGAUCGUUGAAGCAUUUAAUAAAAAAUAUUUUCUCCGAAA